AUGACGAAUAAUAAAAUGAAGUCAACGCGGAGAAAGACCAUGAUAAUGAUCACGCUUUGCGUUAUUCAUAUCCUCUGGGGCAUGACCUAUAGCUUUUCGGUGUCAUUUUUUCCUCGUGUUGCGAUUAAACAUGGUUUAAGAAUAUUUGAAGUUGGUAUCGUUCUAGCAAUGUCUCCUUUUGCUGGGUUUAUCACUUCAUCCUUCUGGUCUAUUUUGUUACCAUCUACUGGAGCAAAACACAUGUUUUGGGCUGGAAUGACCUUAGAAGGCGGUUGUGUUAUUCUUCUUGGAGCUUUAUGCUACAUCUACGACAGAAUAACAUUCUUAGUCUUGGCAAUAAUUCUUCAAUUCUUUCAAGGUACCGGAGCAUCCAUGCAAGAUGUCGUUGUUGAGUCGACAGUGAUGGUCAUUUAUCGUGACAAUAUUGCGUCUGCUAAGGGCUUCCUAGAAACUUUCGCAGGAAUUGGAUACGCUAUUGGACCUCUUAUAGGAGCUGGCUUAUAUCAUGCUGGCGGAUACCCUUUACCGUAUAAUGUUAUAGGCGGUAUUACAAUUGUAGCUGCAUCUUUAGCCACUUGUGUUCUACCAAAUGUUGGUGAUAAGCGUGCAGCGCCGUGGAAGUCAAUGAUUAAGUUAGCUAAAAGUCCUUAUAUUAUCUUAUUAUGUUUAGGAGUAUUUAUUUCCGUAUCAACUCAAUCUUUUUUGGAAACUAACUAUUCUGUGUAUUUGAAAAUCUUUCAUGUGGGUAUCGUGAAAUCAGCGACAAUAUUGUUGCUAAUAGCGGUUUUCUACGCAAUAACUGGCAUGAUUGUUGGCUUCGCUGCUGAAUAUUUUGGCUAUCGAAAAUUUAUUAUAUCUGGAUUAUUCCUAGCUGUAGUAGGGCUACAGCUUAAUGCAUCUUUUCCAUACUGGCACAUUCAACCCAAAUUGUGGCAUUUUAUAGUUGGUACUUCCAUAAUUGGUGUCAGCCUUGGUGCAGUAAUGAUGCCAGUCAGUGCUGAGGUGGUGCAAUACGCGAGAUUUAUUAAUAUUCCCUUAAAUAAUAGUAAAACCGAUAUCGGAGAUGACCUUGGUGUAUAUUCCUCGGUAUCUGGAUUACUUCAGAUCUCACGCUCAUUAGGAAUGAUCUGUGGCCCAAGUGUCGGAUCUACUUUAACUUCUAUUCCAACGAUAGGUUAUUCAUGGACAGCUUCGAUAUUUGGUUUUGUCACUCUCUUGUUGCUCUUGAUUUUUACUGUUUACAUUAUAUUUGAAAAGAAAUGGCAAUCAGUAAAUUCAACUAAAGUAAUAGAUGAUUCUGGGACAUACGAAAAGUUGCCUAGCAUUGAAGAAAUAGAGGAAAACCCUGCAUAUCUUAAAGAUGAUGAUGAAAGCAGCUCGAUGGAGCUAAAAAUCGCGAAAGAUAUUGUAAAAAUAAAUAAAUGA